AUGACGGCCGUCUCACCGUCCAGUUCGCCUCGGCUGCCCUCUCCUCCACCCAUUCCAGAAGUCCAAUUUGGACCUAAGAGCCCAGGAAUUGGCGACAGCUCGAAUGAACUGUCUCUUGACGCGGUCAGCAAGCCAGAUGAGGGCGCUGCACGCAGAGUCAGACCGGGCACUCGAGCUGCGGAUAUGGCCAGAGGGCCUCCUCUUGUUCCUUUGAACCAGCUCGACUCGCCCUUUCAACUCCAAGAACACCUUAAAGCCCUCUACUCCAACCUCACACAUACUCCAGAUGCCUCGCACACGAUACCCAUAUCAAAAGAGACCGCGUUGCAGCUUGCUACCCCCCCUCGACUUAACGACAAUGAGACCGUGGACAGGAACUUGUGGCUGUACGAACUCUGCAGAUUCCUGACCAUGAAGGCCAACCUCGUGUCGAUUUCUCUUAUGAAUGACAAUCCCCCAUGCUCAGCUCAGACAUGUCCCGAGAUGCGGGCCAGCGAAUGGCAGUAUCUCUGCGCUGUCCAUGAACCUCCAAAGUCCUGCUGCGCAAUCGACUACUGUAACCAUACUCUCGACUGGGCUGCGAAUGUCCUCACUAGUCCCAAGCACUUUCCAUCAAGGCUCGCUCUGGGUGGUGAGACGGGAAGUGCGAUCCAGAGCAUGCGCCAGCUCACAAAUAUCUUCCGACGGGUGUAUCGGAUUUUCGCACACGCAUGGUUCCAACAUCGGGAAGUUUUCUGGUCGGUGGAAGCUUCAUAUGGUCUCUACAUGUUCUUCAAGACUGUCUGCGAUGAGUAUCGUCUCAUUCCUGAAGAUAGCUACACAAUUCCAGCAGAAGCGGAAGGAUCUUCUGAAGAUUCGAAUGAUCAGAGCGCAUCAUCCGCCUCUGCCCCAGAAGCAGGCUCACGAAUGCAGAUCUUACGAAAGGACAACCAGAACCCAUCAGCUGAAAACAACGGACCCCCGAGCACGUCUAAUGCAGCCGCAGCCACCACAACUACAGCCACUGGUGCGACGACACGUCGGCACAAGCAUACGCCAAGCACCGGAAGUCACGUAGCGAUCAUCCCAGAAGGUCAAGAAGAGGAAGAAGAGAGCACAUCCAGCAAUGUCACUACAACGCUUGCACCGAAAGCAGACGCCGAAUCAACAACGGCCGCUGCCACCGAACGAAAGGACCGUUCACCUGAGCGAGUGUUGCCGAAGCUCGAUAUUGGCGCUACCUUGCCCAAAUACGAACCUGGAGCACCAGAAGACCCGACUCCCACGGGCACAGGAGACGAUUCAGAUCCUCUUGCUGCCGCCGGUGGCCAAGCCACUGUACCUGAGGACAAUACUACUUCAACACAAUUAGAAACUCCCGUCAAGCAGAAGAGCACUGUUGACGAGGACGAAGAAGAGCAAGUCACAUCUCCCUCUGGAGGCAGUAUCAGAACAGGCGGUCCUGACGUAUUGAAGGCGAUCCUAGGACAUCUAGACGACGAGCACACCGAGCUUCCCAGUCCGAUCUUGCGAGCACAACAAGCUCGGAUGACGAGCCCAGCAGAAUCACAGCAUUCUCCCUUGACGUCGCCGUCACCGUCACCGUUGCAUGACAGCAAGGUUCGAGUCGAAAUCGCCGAGAAACCAGAUGAUGAUGAUCAUGACGACGACGAUGACGACAACGAGCCUGAGUCAGUACAGCGUAGCAAGACCGCAGAGCUCAUAGAGACAGAACCUGGACAGGAGAAGAAUGAAUAG